CUUUUCCCUCUCCUUCUCCCCCGCUUCCUCCGGCGCUUCGCUGACGGACGGCGGCCGUGAUAAGCUGAAGUUCCUAAGAAAUCACCGGGGUCAUAUUGUUCAGGAUUUCAAAGAGCCAUCGUUUAUCUUUGUGGAUACAAGUAAACGGACAAUGGUGUCCCGACCAUCUGUUCAAGCUGCUUGAGAACAGUCUUCUGUGCAAAUGGCAUGAAAGAAAAGUCAAGCAUCGAAUAUUGCAACUGACAUCUGAAUUAAAGAGUGUGCAAAAAUCUCUUCCCUUUUAAGCAUUGAAACAAAUUAAAAUGGAGAAGUGACUGAAGGAGGCCUUUCUCUGAGAUCUGCCCGUUGCAUAGCCAUACAUAUUAGAUGACUUUGGGCCCUGCUUUCCACCGACCAUGAAGGGGUUAUCCAGCAGCCGCAGUCAUCAUCAUGGGGUUGCCUGUGACCCCCCGUGUGACAGCCUGCCACAUCACCCGGACAGGAAGCCAUAUUUGUUAAACCCGAUGGACCCUCACCCAGCAGAUCACCCUUACUACACCCAAAGGAACUCUUUCCAGGCAGAAUGCAUGGUGCCCUACAGCGACCAGAUUGCCAGCAGCACUUUUCCUCGGAGACAUUACAAUUCUCACCAUGAACUUAAGGACGAGUGUGCUCUCGUUCCCCAUGGAACUGCCAAUAAAACCAACCGCAUUCCUGCCAACCUUUUGGACCAGUUUGAGCGACAGCUGCCUCUCAAUCGCGAUGGCUACCACACGCUGCAGUACAAGCGGACUGCCAUGGAGCACCGCAGUGACAGCCCAGGGAGGAUCCGGCAUUUGGUCCAUUCUGUCCAAAAGCUCUUCACCAAGUCCCAUUCGCUUGAGGGACCCUCCAAGGGAAGCGUCAAUGGGGGCAAGGCAAGCCCGGAGGAGUCUCAGACGAUGAGGUAUGGAAAGCGCAGCAAGAGUAAAGAAAGGCGGUCAGAAGGUAAGCCCAGAUCCAAUGCCUCAGGAUGGUGGAGUUCAGAUGACAACUUGGACAACGAUGUUUGCAUUUAUCAUGGCCCCAGUGGGGUCAUGACCAUGGGAAGAUGCCCUGAUCGUUCUUCUUCCCAGUACUUCAUGGAAGCCUAUAACACGAUUAGUGAACAUACUGUGAAGUCAUCCAGAAGCAAUAAUGACGUCAAAUGCUCUACCUGUGCAAACCUGCCUGUAAAUCUGGACUCCCAGUUAAUGAAGAAAAGCUCUUGGUCCUCUACCCUAACCGUGAGCAGAGCCCGCGAAGUUUACCAGAAAGCAUCAGUUAACAUGGACCAGACAGUGGUGAAGGCAGAGACAUGUCAGCAGGAACGGUCAUGUCAGUACCUUCAGGUUCCUCAAGAUGAAUGGACUGGGUACACUCCACGAGGGAAAGAUGAUGAGAUUCCCUGCCGGCGAAUGCGUAGUGGCAGUUACAUUAAAGCCAUGGGGGAUGAUGACAGUGGAGACUCAGACACAAGUCCGAAGCCAUCUCCAAAGAUUGCGGCACGAAGAGAGAGCUAUCUCAAGGCCACCCAGCCAUCCCUUACAGAGCUCACCACCCUCAAGAUAUCCAGCGAACACUCACCAAAGCUUCAGAUUCGGAGCCACAGCUACUUGCGGGCGGUGAGUGAAGUCUCCAUCAACAGGAGUCUGGACAGCCUGGACCCCGCCGGACUGCUGACGUCCCCCAAAUUUCGCUCCCGGAAUGAGAGCUACAUGAGGGCCAUGAGCACCAUUAGUCAGGUGAGCGAGAUGGAGGUGAAUGGUCAGUUUGAGUCCGUCUGCGAGUCGGUGUUCAGCGAACUCGAGUCUCAGGCCGUGGAGGCCCUGGAUCUCCCAAUGCCCGGCUGCUUCCGCAUGCGGAGCCACAGCUACGUGAGAGCCAUCGAGAAGGGCUGUUCCCAGGAUGACGAGUGCAUAUCACUGCGCUCCUCAUCUCCCCCACGAACGACCACGACCGUGAGGACCAUCCAGAGCAGCACCGUAUCAUCCUGCAUCACCACUUAUAAGAAGACACCACCUCCAGUUCCACCGAGAACUACCACCAAACCAUUCAUUUCCAUCACGGCCCAGAGCAGCACGGAGUCUGCCCAGGACGCGUAUAUGGACGGGCAUGGACAGAGGGGAGAUAUCAUCAGUCAGUCGGGACUUAGCAACUCCACAGAGAGCUUGGACAGUAUGAAGGCACUAACAGCUGCCAUUGAAGCUGCCAAUGCACAGAUCCAUGGCCCAGCCAGUCAACACGUAGGAAACAAUACUGCCACUGUCACCACCACCACCACCAUUGCCACAGUUGCUGUAGAAGACAGAAAGAAGGACCACUUCAAGAAGAACAGAUGUUUAUCUAUUGGAAUACAGGUUGACGGUGCUGAAGAAUCUACCCCCAAAUCAGGUGAAAAUAAAGCAACCAGUAAGUUCCAGUCCAUAGGAGUUCAAGUAGAGGAAGAGAAGUGCUUUCGCAGGUUUACACGCUCUAACAGUGUCACAACAGCUGUGCAAGCAGACCUGGAUUUCCAUGAGAACUUUGAAAUAAUUGACCCGCAAGAGGACAAUACGUGCUCUGGACAAAUAUCAAGACAAUAUUCCCGAGAUGCCAGCACUUCCACUGUUAGCAUACAAGGGUCAGGAAACCAUUACCAUGCCUGUGCAGUGGAUGAUGACUUUGAUACAGAUUUUGAUCCAUCCAUCUUACCUCCUCCGGACCCCUGGAUUGACUCUAUCACUGAAGACCCUCUGGAAGCUGUUCAAAGGUCAGUGUGUCCACGGGAUGGGCACUGGUUUCUGAAGCUUCUUCAGGCAGAGAGAGAUCGUAUGGAGGGCUGGUGCCAACAGAUGGAGAGAGAAGAGCGGGAAAACAACUUACCUGAGGACAUCCUAGGGAAAAUUCGAACCGCAGUGGGCAGUGCCCAGCUUCUCAUGGCCCAGAAAUUUUACCAGUUCAGAGAACUUUGCGAAGAAAACCUGAAUCCUAAUGCACAUCCACGGCCGACCUCCCAGGAUUUAGCAGGGUUUUGGGAUAUGCUGCAGUUGUCCAUAGAAAACAUUAGUAUGAAAUUUGAUGAACUUCAUCAGUUAAAGGCCAAUAAUUGGAAACAGAUGGAUCCUCAUGACAAGAAGGAGAGAAGGGUCCCUCCUCCAGUGCCAAAGAAGCCAUCGAAAGGUCAGGUGCCACUCAUACGAGAACGCUCUCUGGAAAGCUCUCAGCGUCAAGAGGCCCGGAAACGGCUGAUGGCCGCCAAGCGCGCUGCGUCCGUCCGGCAGAACUCGGCUACCGAGAGCGCCGAAAGCAUUGAGAUAUACAUCCCCGAAGCCCAGACCAGGCUAUGAAGGGAUCCACCCAGGAGGACUCUCACUGGCAAGACAAGUCUCAUGUAUAAUCUGCCCCUCUAGGUUCCUGCUCAAGGUCACCACCGAGUAUUUGUACCUCCUGCCUCUCUCGCGCGCCCUCUCCCUCUCUCCCCCUCUUCCCGCUCCCGGUGACCCCAUAAAUUCCACUUCCGUGGUGUAGUUGUCAACCCUCCAAGAGAUGUCCUCUACUAACCCCUUGCUUCCUAAAGGUUUGCCCAUAUCAUCAUGAUGCUUUGCCACAUGUACUGAUGCUGCCACUUUGCCUCAUGUAAAAGAGUACAAUCCUUUUUC